UCCGGUAUGAUGGCGACUUUGCUUUGUCUCCAGUGAACAGGGUUGCAUCAAUAGUCGAUAUAUAUUUUUCUUCUCUCUAAAAUUAACAGUGUUUUAUCUCCGGGACGACGUGCCAAGAACUACACGUGUCUCAGUCAUUCAAGAAAUGACUACAGAGUACAGAAGGUAAAAUGAGUAAGGCCUCAGCUGAAUCUACAGACCAAGUGAUGGAGGAGGAAGUAGGUCAGCUUCCGAUUACAGACGAAGAGGAGGAGGAAGAGGAGGAGGCUGGGAGCUCAACAGAGACUGAGAGACCCUCCUCUUCUCACACCAAGAGGAAGCCUUCUGUUGCAGCCAAGCAAGUUGGAGGGAAUGAGUCAGACACCUCGGACGAGAGUGGACAGGACGAUGGUGCCUCAGAUGGGAUGUUGGUUGUGCGGCCUCCUGCUGGGACUGACAACAAGGAGGACAAGAGCAGAGGAGCCAUGAAGCUCCGAGUGGACCUCUCACGGAGAAAGACAGGUAAAAUGAGUAAGGCCUCAGCUGAAUCUACAGACCAAGUGAUGGAGGAGGAAGUAGGUCAGCUUCCGAUUACAGACGAAGAGGAGGAGGCUGGGAGCUCAACAGAGACUGAGAGACCCUCCUCUUCUCACACCAAGAGGAAGCCUUCUGUUGCAGCCAAGCAAGUUGGAGGGAAUGAGUCAGACACCUCGGACGAGAGUGGACAGGACGAUGGCGCAUCAGAUGGUAUGUUGGUUGUGCGGCCUCCUGCUGGGACUGACAACAAGGAGGACAAGAGCAGAGGAGCCAUGAAGCUCCGAGUGGACCUCUCACGGAGAAAGACAGGUAAAAUGAGUAAGGCCUCAGCUGAAUCUACAGACCAAGUGAUGGAGGAGGAAGUAGGUCAGCUUCCGAUUACAGACCAGGAGGAGGAGGAAGAGGAGGAGGCUGGGAGCUCAACAGAGACUGAGAGACCCUCCUCUUCUCACACCAAGAGGAAGCCUUCUGUUGCAGCCAAGCAAGUUGGAGGGAAUGAGUCAGACACCUCGGACGAGAGUGGACAGGACGAUGGUGCCUCAGAUGGGAUGUUGGUUGUGCGGCCUCCUGCUGGGACUGACAACAAGGAGGACAAGAGCAGAGGAGCCAUGAAGCUCCGAGUGGACCUCUCACGGAGAAAGACAGAUACCACUUUGCAGGAGAGGAUAGACUGCACCGCCUGUGGACAGCAGGUCAACCACUUCCAGCGCCACUCAGUGUUUGAGCACCCAAUGCUCCAUGUGCUCCUCUGCAAGUCGUGUUACAAGUAUUACACCAGCGAUGACAUCAAUAAAGACGAGGACGGCAUGGACGAACAGUGCAGGUGGUGUGCUGAAGGUGGCAACCUGAUCUGCUGUGACUUCUGCCACAACGCCUUCUGUAAGAAGUGCAUCCUGCGUAACCUGGGCCGCAAGGAGCUGUCCAUGAUCACCGACGAGGACAGUAAAUGGUCCUGCUAUAUCUGCAGCCCUCAGCCUCUCUCAGACAUCGCCUCCAACUGCUCCAACAUCUUGACCAAGCUGGAGAGCUUCUGGCGCACGGGACGCAAGAAAGAGAGGGAGGAGAAAGAGAGGAAGGAGGUGAAAGGGCACAGUAAGGGUAAAGGUCACCACCACCAUGGUAAAGCUGUGGUGAACGGUAAGGAACAUUCAGACGGGUCAGGGACCCUCACCUUCUCCUAUAAGACCCUGAAGGUUCCCAAGGAGCUGGUGAAGAGGACCAAGAAGCUGAUUGAGACGACCACGGGGCUCAACAACACCUUCAUCCAUUUCAUCCAGCAGGCUGAGGAGGAGCAGGGAGCAGGAGGAGGAGUUGGCAGCGGGACCAGACACAGACACCUCAAGGCCUUCAGGUCUGUUCUGGCUGAUCUGAAGAAGGCCCAUGCUGCCCUAGAGGAGGACUUGGAGGCACAGUUCACUUCCCAGGACCAGGGGAUGCAGAACGGGGAUGCUGUUUCCAACACUGACGGCCAUGAUGGCCACGAUCAGAUAGACAAUGGGCAAGAGGCAGAAGAGGACAAAAUGGCCGACACUGAGGAUGGGGAGGAGGAUGGGGGUGUGUCAGAGGACACAGAGAUGGAGGAGAGCCCCACCCCCACGCCUCAGGACCACUCAGAGACAGGCAGCCAGGCCAAAAACCAGACAGUGGUGAAAAUGGAGGAGGAGGAUGGAACAGAGGAGGAAGCGGAGCGGGAUAAAGACAUUGUGUCCGUCGGGCCGUCCGUCCCUGACGAGCUCUUCCAGAUGGUCAAGAGUUUAGCUGACUCCACCGGGUUAACGCCCGGUAACGACGCCACGCAACUCACAGCGGCUAGCCAAUCGGAGAGCCCCGCGGCUGGCUCAACCAGGAAGUCACAUCACACCCAGAAGGAGAAGGCCAUGCCCAAGGUUAAGAACCUCAUCUUGAAGCUGACGCCUGUUCCCGUGGUUACCACACGCGCCUCCAGGUCUAAGAGUAAGGAUGGAGGGAAGGAGAAGGAGAGGAGUAAGGAUGGAGGGAAGGAGAAGGAGAGGAGUAAGGAUGGAGGGAAGGAGGAGAGGAGUAAGGAUGGAGGGAAGGAGAAGGAGAGGAGUAAGGAUGGAGGGAAGGAGAAGGAGAGGAGUAAGGAUGGAGGGAAGGAGAGGAGUAAGGAUGGAGGGAAGGAGAAGGAGAGGAGUAAGGAUGGAGGGAAGGAGAAGGAGAGGAGUAAGGAUGGAGGGAAGGAGAGGAGUAAGGAUGGAGGGAAGGAGAGGAGUAAGGAUGGAGGGAAGGAGAGGAGUAAGGAUGGAGGGAAGGAGAGGGAGAGGAGUAAGGAUGGAGGGAAGGAGAAGGAGAGGAGUAAGGAUGGAGGGAAGGAGAGCAGUAAGGAUGGAGGGAAGGAGAGGGAGAGGAGUAAGGAUGGAGGGAAGGAGAGGGAGAGGAGUAAGGAUGGAGGGAAGGAGAAGGAGAGGAGUAAGGAUGGAGGGAAGGAGAGCAGUAAGGAUGGAGGGAAGGAGAGGGAGAGGAGUAAGGAUGGAGGGAAGGAGAAGGAGAGGAGUAAGGAUGGAGGGAAGGAGAGGAGUAAGGAUGGAGGGAAGGAGAGGAGUAAGGAUGGAGGGAAGGAGAGGAGUAAGGAUGGAGGGAAGGAGGUGGAGGGAGAUGGGGCCUCUGAGGAGGACAGCCGAUGCUCCAGUCGCACAAAGACCACACCCCUCAGGAAGUCACCGGAGGGGAAAAACAAGAUGUCCGCCUCUCAGGAGAACAUCGACUCAGAAGGCGAGCAGAAGAGCCCCAGCAAGCUGAAGAGGAGAACCAAGGGCAGCUCCGAGAAAGAACGGGGGAACGCGGAGGAGAAGGAGCGGAAAGAGAGCAAGGCCUCCUCCAUGGUAACUGCUGACCCUUCGAAACAGGACGUGGACUCAGAUUCUGAUGAGGUUCCAGACAUCCUGGUCCAGACUGCAGCGGCGGAACACAGCUCGGACGAGGAUGUGCAGCAGGACGCCGACAGUAACCAGGGCAACAAGCGCGUCAAGAAGUGCCUGUUCAAACUGAGCAAGAAAGAGGAGGAGGAGCAGGUGGGAGAGGAGGAGGAGGAGGAGCAGGUGGGAGAGGAGGAGGAGCAGCAGGUGGGAGAGGAGGAGGAGGAGCAGGUGGGAGAGGAGGAGGAGGAGGAGGUGGGAGAGGAGGAGGAGGGAGAGAAUGACAAGAAGACGGACAAGAAGCUGGCGACUAAACGCAAACUGAAAGCCGACGACUCCGACAACUCAGAGUCUGACUCCGAUGAAGACACAAAGAAGAAAAAGAAGUCCUCCACGGCUUCUGACAAGAAGACAUCCAAGAAGAAGCAGAAGGUCUCGGACGGCUCCUCCAACUCGGACCUGGAGAAGGAGAUGAAGGGACUCAGCAAACUGGCGACGGGGAAACGGAGGAGCAGCCGUGUGAAGAAGGAAAGAGAGGAGAAGGAGAACAAGGGCGGAGAUCGGAGGCGGUCGUACGAACUAAAACGCAAAGCCAGAAGUAGAGGAGCCAAGCAGCAAGAUUCAUCGUCUGAUGAUGACGAGGAGGUGGAGGAGGGAGGAGGGUCUGGAGAGGAGAGUGGAGACCAGCAGAAGAUUAAACCCAUCGUGGAGGAGACGGUGGUAGCAGGGAGGGAAACCUUCCACCAGUCCUCAGGAGAAGAAGGUAACCAUGACGCUUCUCAGAUGGCGGCUGAUGAUGAUGAUGAUGAUCCAGAAAACAGGAUUGCCAAGAAGAUGCUGCUGGCCCAGAUCAAGGCUAACUACUCUUCAGGAGCAGAGGAGAGCUCUGACGAGGACGGAGAAGAGAAGGAACAGAGGAAGGGAGGAGAGGAUGAGGAAGAGGAGGAGGAGGAGGAUGAUGGUGAGGAAGAGGAGGAGGAGGAGGAGGAAGGGGACUCUGGCUCUGACAUGGAUGUGAAGAAGAGUGGGGGGCGUCGCCACCGGCUGCUCCGCCACAAACUGACUCUGAGCGAGGGAGAGUCAGGAGAGGAGAAAGAGAAACCAGCCAGCAAGGGGAAGAAGGAGACCAAGAGGACCAGACGGAAAGUGGGCAGUGAUGACUCAGCAGACGUAGACUCUGAGGAGUCGGCUAGCAGCAGUGAGUCAGGAGUUAGUGAGGAGAUCAGUGAGGAGGAGGAGGAGGAGUCAGAGGAGGAGUCAGAGGAGGGCAGCAGUCGCAGGAGGACCACGCGCUCCUCCAAGAAGAAGAAGAAGAAGAAGGAGGAGAGGAGCUACGCCCAGAAGAAGAAACGCCGUCGCAUCAAGGUUCAGGACUCUUCAUCUGAUGAGAAGAGCGGGUCAGGAGAGGACGGCUCGGGGAAGGAGGAUGGAGACACUCCUAAAGGACAGAGGAAGAAGAUCAGAAAAAUCCUCAAGGACGACAAGCUGAGGACGGAAACGAGGGAUGCCCUGAAGGAGGAGGAGGAGAGGAGGAGACGCAUCGCUGAGAGGGAGCAGCUCAGGGAGAAGCUCAGAGAGACUCUACAUGUCCCUCCCGACCAGGUACUCGUGGUGGAGGAGGCGUCCGCCGUGGCUUGUCCAAUCACAACCAAGCUGGUGCUGGAUGAAGACGAGGAGACCAAGGAGCCCAUGGUGCAGGUUCACCGCAAUCUGGUCACUAAGCUCAAACCACACCAGGUCGACGGGGUCCAGUUCAUGUGGGACUGCUGUUGUGAGUCCGUGAAGAAAACCAACAAGAACUCUGGUUCUGGAUGUAUCCUGGCUCACUGUAUGGGUCUGGGAAAAACACUGCAGGUGGUAACCCUACUCCACACACUACUGCUGUGUGAAAAGUUAGACUUCUCCACGGCUCUGAUCGUCUGUCCUCUCAACACCGUUCUCAACUGGCUCAACGAGUUUGAGAAGUGGCAGUACGGCUUCAAGGACGAGGAGAGUUUAGAGGUGACGGAGCUGGCCACGGUGAAGCGUCCUCAGGAGAGAGCGUCUGCCCUGCAGCAGUGGCAGGAGGAUGGAGGAAUCAUGAUCAUUGGCUAUGAGAUGUACCGGAACCUCACACAGGGUAGAAACAUCAAGAGCAAGAAACUCAAAGAGACCUUCCAGAAGACCCUGGUUGACCCAGGCCCAGACUUUGUGAUCUGUGAUGAGGGCCACAUCUUGAAGAACGAGGCGUCGGCCAUCUCUAAAGCCAUGAACUCCAUCAAGACCCGACGGAGAGUGGUGCUCACCGGCACUCCGCUGCAGAACAACCUCAUAGAGUACCACUGCAUGGUGAACUUCAUCAAGGAGAACCUGCUGGGGUCAGUGAAGGAGUUCAGGAACCGUUUUGUCAACCCCAUCCAGAACGGGCAGGCAGCCGACUCCACGGACCAGGAUGUACGGAUCAUGAAGAAGAGGGCUCACAUCCUCUACGAGAUGCUCAAUGGAUGUGUUCAGAGAAGAGACUACUCUGCCCUGACCAAGUUCCUGCCUCCUAAACAUGAGUACGUUGUGUCCGUCAGAGUCACGCCCAUCCAGUGUACUCUAUACCGACACUACCUGGAGCACUUAACAGGUGCGGGGAACGUGGUGGAGGGGGGUCGGGGCCGAGCCGGGACCAAACUGUUCCAGGACUUCCAGAUGCUCAGCAGAAUCUGGACCCAUCCCUGGUGCCUGCAGCUGGACUACAUCAGCAAGGAAAACAAGGGGUACUUUGACGAGGACAGCAUGGACGAGUUCAUCGCCUCGGAGACCGAGGAGUCUUCCAUGAGCAUGACCUCUGAAGACGAGAAACAGAAAAAGAAGAAGAAGAGGGGGAAGACCAGGAAGAAGGACAGUGACUCAGACAGUGACGCUCUCGAGGUGAUAAAGGAGUGGAACACCAGCUCCCGAGGGGGAGACCCUUCCAGCCGCAACCGGGCGGAGCCACAGGAGGAAGUGCGCCCAGCUUCCAGCCCUGGCACCAGGAGUCCUGACUGGCACAAGGAGUUUGUUACAGAGGCCGACUCUGAGAUCCUGGAGCAUUCUGGGAAGAUGGUGCUGCUGUUUGAGAUCCUCCGUAUGGCCGAGGAGGUGGAGGACAAAGUUCUGGUGUUCAGUCAGUCUCUGAUCUCUCUGGACCUGAUUGAAGACUUCCUGGAGCUGGCUGGCCGAGCCAAAGAGGAGGAGAAACAGUCUCCCUACAAAGGUGAGGGGAAGUGGUUCCGGAACAUUGACUACUACCGCUUGGACGGCUCCACCAACGCCCUGAACCGGAAGAAGUGGGCAGAGGAGUUCAAUGACACCAGCAACGUCCGAGGGCGGUUGUUCCUGAUCUCGACCAGGGCUGGUUCUCUGGGCAUCAACCUGAUAGGAGCUAACAGGGUCAUCAUCUUCGACGCGUCCUGGAACCCGUCGUACGACAUCCAGAGUAUCUUCAGGCUCUACCGCUUCGGACAGCUCAAGACCUGCUACGUUUACCGAUUCCUGGCUCAGGGUACUAUGGAAGAGAAGAUCUAUGACCGCCAGGUGGCUAAACAGUCUCUGUCCUUCCGAGUGGUGGAUCAACAGCAGAUAGAGAGACAUUUCACCAUGAAUGAGCUGACGGAGCUCUACGCCUUUGAACCUGACCUUCUGGAUGAUCCCACUGGCAAGAAGAGCAAGAGGACCACGCCUAUGCUGCCCAAGGACCCCUUCCUAGCUGAGCUGCUCCACAGCAAUAAGGAGCAGAUUGUGGGCUAUCAUGAACAUGACUCCCUGCUGGAUCACAAGGAAGAGGAGGCUCUCAGCGAGGAGGACCGCAAAGCAGCCUGGGCCGAGUACGAGGCGGAGAAGAAGGGUCUGUCUCUGCGUGUGAACCAUGGAGCGUACGGAGGACAGAUGGACAUGGGAGGAGCUAACAGCUACUUCCCCUUCAACGUUGCCGCACUGGCCUCUAUGUCCAACCCUCAGCUGGAGGAGUUGAUCAACCAGGGCCGUCAGAAGGUGAUGGAAGCCACCAACGCUCUCAAGUUCCUCCCCAGAGAAUCUCUAGAGGACACCAUCGGGAGAGUGUGGAAGGAGAACCCAGCCCUAACGGAGUCCCAGGUCCAGGCCAUGGCUCUGGGGAGACAGGCCAGUGUAGAGAUGGAGCUCAAACGAAGAGAAGCUGUCUACAGAGACGUCCUCAACAAGCAACAGACUCUAAUGAUGUACGUUCAGAAGGUGAUCACCAACAGGAAGGUGAGAGAGCAGCAGAUGGCCAUGGCCAACCAGGCCCAGCUGAUGAGCCAGAUGAACGGCAUGCUGGGAGCUGGAGGGAUGAGCCAGAUGGAACUCUUGGGGUUGUACCAACAGCUGGGGGCGCUACAGGGUCAUCCCACCCACCCCUCCAUGGGCGGCAAGAACCCCGGCCCCUCCAAGGGCAACCUGUAAGGGGAGGGGGACCCAGGGCUUGCUCCACAUAGUCCCCUAUCUAUUCUCUACAUAGUGCACUAUCCACUUCAUAUUGGCUCUGGUCAAAAGUAGUGCACUAUUUAGGCAAUAGGGUAUCAUUUGGGACUCAGACCCACUCACUGCCCCCUCACUGUCUCACUCAGUAGGUUGCUCCCUAAUGCUGCUCCGUCUCCUAUGUAAUGCACUAGAUGGAGCCCAGAUCCCUAGGGUUUUGGUUAGAGGUAGUGCACUAUGUAGGGGAUAGGGGCGGGAUCUGGGACGUUGCCCGCUGUCUUACAACCCUCCUUCACUGGGGAGGUGUGACGACACAGAGAGAAGGGUCUCGGAGCCCCUCACCACUCCCUCCAGCUCUCCUGUCUCCUGAAGCAGGGAAUGACAUGACUUGUAUAGGGACUAUAUGAAGGCGUUUUAGAAAUGUCAUUUGAAAUUCUGUAUAUACCGCCUUAAUGUUAUUCAACUUCUCUUCUGUCUUCAGUUUUCAUGUAUUUAAAAUAACGUAAGGAAAGGGAAAUGUUUUGUCCUUUUACUCAUUACGUUAUUCUUUCCCCUUAUAGAAGGGUUGUUUAAUGAAUUGAUUAUUCUGUACGUUGUGUUUUGAUACAGUUUUAAUGAAUGCCUGUCUAUCUAAAGAACCCCCAGAGGGAGACCAUAGUGCUGACAGGACUGUUUUAGGAUAUUAAACAUCUCGAUUAUUAGAUCCCCUAUAGAACCCUCCCUCUACCAAGACACAGACAUGCAGACAGACAGAUACGCAGACAGACAGAUACGCAGACAGACAGAUACGCAGACAGACAGACACGCAGACAGACAGACACGCAGACAGACAGAUACGCAGACAGACAGGACACGCAGACAGACAGACACGCAGGCAGACAGACGCAGGCAGGCAGACAGACGCAGGCAGACAGACAGACAGACGCAGGCAGACAGACAGACGCAGGCAGACAGACAGACAGACACACGCAGGCAGACAGACACACGCAGGCAGACAGACACACGCAGGCAGACAGACAGACAGACAGACAGACGCAGGCAGACAGACAGACGCAGGCAGACAGACAGACGCAGGCAGACAGACAGACGCAGGCAGACAGACAGACGCAGGCAGACACAGACAGACAGACACAGGCAGGCAUCCAGACAGACACGCAGGCAGACACAGACAGACAGACACAGGCAGGCAUCCAGACAGACACGCAGGCAGACAGACACGCAGGCAGAAAGACAGACACGCAGGCAGGCCGAAAGACAGACACGCAGGCAGGCCGGCAGACAGACACGCAGGCAGACAUGCAGACAGACUCACAGGCUGGCAGACAGACAGACAGACACGCAGGCAGACAUGCAGACAGACUCACAGGCUGGCAGACAGACAGACAGACACGCAGACAGACAAGCAGACAGACAGACAGACACGCAGACAGACAAGCAGACAGACAGACACGGAGACAGACAGACAGGCAGGCAGGCAGACAGGCAGAAAGAUGUGCUGGUGUUGUAAAACUCUUUGGGAGAUUCUGAUGCAUAGCCAUGACAAAACAAAAUGAGGGCAUUAAUUCCAUUUCCUAAAGUUUUGUGUAAAUUAAAUUUGAGAAUGAUUUUUCUAGCUUGUAGCCCUUAAUAUUUCCACUAUUUGUCUCAUGGUUAUUAUAAUGGUAAUAUGGAAUGCUCUCGUGAUGUUUUAAACAAACUGUCCCCAUCCCUCUCCCCUCACUCACUUCCCCGGGACUCUCUCUCUCUCUCUCUCUUUGUAAAGCUCAUGCUCUUGUUGUCAAGUUGUUGCCUAGCGUAGCUCCAUAUCCCAGGGUGCUGUUCAUCCUUCCCUUUCUGUUCCACUUGUUGCAUCCUAAUCCAACCCUGGUACAGGACGGGGUCGACAGGUCGACAGGAGGUUGUCUGACCUGGUCGACGGGGGGCAGGGUUCCUCCGUUUGCACAAUAAGCUGUAUUUCUGAAAUGCCGCCCUCCAGAAAGUCCUUCUCGUGUUUAGCAACACCAGCUAGGUUUUUUGUUGCCAUUCAUUGAUUGAUCUGAACUGCUACUAUCUUGAUAAGUAUUUAAUAUAACAUUUAAUAAAGUGACCAAAAGGGUGA